CAAAAAGUAAAGUUUAGGCUAUGAGAAUUUCAUUAAAGGUCAAAAUUAAAGGACUAGGACAACAAAAAUAACAAAAUUAAAUUGACAAAAAUAAACACCAAUUUUUUUAAAAAAAAUAUACGCAGCAGGUGUCGAACCCAGGUUACACUGCUACAAAUGGGUGUAGUUAACCAAUGGGACAAAGUAAGUAUUGUGAUUAUUUUGUAAUCGUUUUAAAAUUAACCUUUCGCCUAUGUUCUUAUUUUGACGCAAAACCUUUAAUUCGUCCAUCUUCUUGAUUGGAACUGAACUUUCCUCUUUUGUUCCUCCGCGAUUCUCGUUGUUCUUGUUGGAAUAUUAUUUUAUUUUUUUUAAGCAAAUUCCUUAUUCUGCUGGAUUUCUUAAAAUCGAUUUGGAAUUUUUUAAUUUUCAACAAUUGUUCCCUCCAAAAAAAAUCCCGCAAUAUGUGGGAUAUAGAAACUACAAUUAGGGUUUUUUUUCUUUUCUCUGGGAUAUAGAAACUACAACAAAAUCGACUGGUUCCUUAGAGAGAAUAACUGUUGACGAUUAAAAACUUCCAUCUCGAUUUUGUGGACUUCGGAACUGAGUGACGGAUUCGACUUGCUUGCACGAAUUCAGCACUAAAAUGUCCAGAUUUGGAGGGAAGACGCCUUCUAAUCAUGAUGAUACGACUCCAAAUGAUUAUGAACAACAAAGACUCAGGCAUAUUAAAUCUAACAAGCUGAAAAUGCAAACUUUAGGUAUAAAGCGCAUUGCUGCUUGUGUGACAAGUUUGGUGGAUAGCUCAAAACCUCAGAAAAGACGACAAAAAUGUAAUUUUACACUUGAGAAAGAUGGUGACUAUGUGCCUGACGAGGAUGAGGAAGAUGAGCGUGAGGAUCAAACUCAAAUUAUGACUACAAAUAAAAAGGUUAAAAAUAAUGAGAUCAAAGGAGGAGGGAAAAAAAACAAAUUUAUUGCACCGAUGUCAGUUGCCAAGUUAUUAAGAUCAAGACCGAACAAGGAAAAACAAGCAGCACAUGGAACAAAAGAAGUGGGAACAAUUAAAGAAACCCUCUCAACUUUACAAGAAGGUUUAUUUAUUUGCUCAGUAGAGUUUGAAUUUGAUUUAGAGCAUGAUGAGAGGCAACUUGUUGAGAACAAUGAUAAUAAUGCUUUAGAAGAUCAAGAAGGCGGUAAGGAUCUAGACGAGACAAGAAACUAUGGUUUAGAAAAUCAAGAAAACAAUAUCAUUUCAAACACGUUGAGAAAUCAUGACGAGGAGACACUUGCUGACAAGGAGAGGGGAGAGGAUAAUUCUGCAAACAAGAAAAAGAAGAAAACAUACAAGACCGUCACUCCUAGAGGCCCUACAAGAAAUCUUCAAAUGGCAAGAAUGAGACCCUGUGAGAAGAAAAAAGUGGAUUUCAACAUAAAAGGCCAACCUAUUGGUGUGAAUAGAGCUUGUCUUGCAAGUUAUUGUGGCUCCCUUGUUAGAGAUCCUCUUAAUGCCCCACUUCAAAAGUUGAAAGUAUUUUCAGAAAUUCCAGAAGAGAAUAAGGAGAAGAUGUGGGAUCUUGUUCUGGAAAAAUUCGAUAUUGGACUUGAGGAUGAUCAAGAUGAAGGGGAACGUGAAAAAAUAAAAAAAGAAAGGAAAACAUACAUCAUGGGGUCUUUGAAUAAAAAAUACAGGAAUUAUCGUGCAAGACUGAAAGCUGAUUAUUAUGAUAUUGAGAGCACAGACGAGGAGAGGCUUAAAGAAGAAAAUAGGCCACCAAAUGUUGACAAAGAUGACUGGGAAUGGCUUGUUGAGUACUUUGGAUCAGACGAGUUUAAGGGUAAAAGUACAAGAAAUACCAAAAAUCGAUCUUACCAAGAUGCCGGACACACUUCUGGUACAAAGAGUUUUGCUCAAAAAGUUGAAGACAUGAGUAAAAUAUCAAUUUGCUAA